CUAAAAAUCCACUCCGAAACAAUAUUCGAAUCAAAUCGAGAGCCAAACAAAGAGAUCAACAUGGAUCAGGAUACGGGCUUUGAUGCCCUGCAUCCCAGGGACUAUCUGAUGGAUCGCGAGUCGGACCUGCUGGCCGAUCUGCCCGACUUCCACAAGAUGAAGCUGGCGGAUGUCGAUGUGAUUGAGCGCAGUGCGGCCAAGUGCCAGCCCCGUGUGCCCACCGAGGUGAAGGUGUACAAGUGGAAGGAUCCGAAUGCCGAAAAGGAGACCGACCCCUGCGGGGAAGAGUCGGAGGAGCUGGAGAUACACAACCUGAUCGAGGAGGGUGCCUCCACCAACGAGGAGGCGCCCGAGAUACGCAUCAUCAUGGGUCUGGACCAGCUCCUCAAGCGCAUCGAGAUCAUGCAGUGCGACAUUCGUUUGCGUCAGCAACUGGAGGGCACCAUCGAGUCGCAGACGGAGGAUCAGGCCACCAUGCAACAGGAGCAGGCGGAUAUGGACAAGUGUCAUGGAUUUCCCCGUCACCUGGCCGAAAUCCGGCAAUUGCAGCGAGCCCAGAAUCAAUUGCAGUGCCAGGUCACAGAGCUCUUGUGCCGCUACGCCAAUCUUAGGACCCAGAAACGUUCCCUGGCCCACCAAUGGAAUCUUGUGCUCCAAAAGACCGCAAAAAUAAGAGAAUUUAGUCGCGAAUACCAAAGGUGGAUGCAGGACACCUCCCAAGAGAUCUCCUUGUGCCGCAAACGUUCCCGUGAAAUCCAAAGCCGCAAGCUGACGAAGCAUCGAGCCAACGAGGUGACCGAGACGAACAUCUGGAGCUCCUUCCGCUACAGCCAGCGAUAUUUACUCCGGAAGCUGGUGACCCGUCACAUGAAGGACCUUCGCGACGAGAUCCAAGACCUGAGGCGUUAUAGCGAAGAGCUGACCACCGAAAUCGACAAGCGGGUGGUGUGGAUCACCAAGAAGGCCACCAAGUUAGGGCGCUUGUCCAGGAUAUCGGAUGAACCUCUAGCUAACGAUGUUUCCAUUGACAUGAUUCCAUCCCUCAUCAAGCUGGGUUCCAAGCACAAAGGUCGUCGCACUUCUAAAAAAACUCAAUCGUAGUGAAAAUCUACGAAAAUUUAAGCUUACUUAUUUCAGUUUUAUGUUUAGAAUAUCAAAAUCCUAAAAAGCGAACAGUUGAAUGAAAAUUUAA